GAGUACCACACUGAUAAAAAUAUGGCGAUUUUCAGAUUGUUAUAUCGGAAAAGGCACAUACUCUUCGUGUGCUUAUGUGCGUCUACGUUUUGGAUUGGUUACCUGUUUCUGUCACUUCCAAACAACUCGAGUAAGACUGAAAAGUCACCAAAGCCUGGUCUGUCUUCAAAAUCUCUUGAUGAAAGUCUUUCCCGCACAAAAUUCUCGUCUCCACCUGACACUGAUAACGCGGAGAAGAAAGAUGCAUCGAAAGACAAACCACAAAUCGCUGCUUCCUUACAUCAGUCAGUCAUCGAACCACCAAAGCUGGAAGUUGAAAAACCAAGUGAAAAAGAGAAAGAGUCGCCAGAUAAAAAAGUGAUAAGGCCGCCUGUCCCUGAUAUCAUUCCACCCGAAAAGCUUCAUAAUGUGACUGAAAAGAAAACAGUAAAUGAAACACAGACAAAAAAGCAGGAAGGAAUGUUUGAACAUUUUGGUGAAAAAUUAAAAAAUAAAACAAUAGAAGUUGGACAACAAGUAAAGAAUAAAACACUUGAAAAGUUGUCAGAUUUAGGGGUGAUAAAAAGCCUCAAAGUUCCUAAAUAUUUACACAUUCCAGCUCCAUGGUCGUUAAAUCUCUCAUUAGAAGACAUUGGGAAUGUCAUGAAAGAUACACAGUAUUUAAAUAAGGAAGACAAGAUUGACAUUAAUUAUCCUAAAUUAUUAUCAACGAAACAAAACAUAACGGAAGGUAAUAUUACAAUAGCGUUGAGGAAAGUGACAAUGGCCAAUCGAGUGGGCUUCUGCGAUUGUGUUGACUACGAUUGUAUGUGUUGUGCUCGUGUGACAGCCAAAAGGAUGCCAUUUAACAGAACAGCAUGUUCGAACAUCACCUACCUAUCCAAGUCUCAGGAUUUCGACCUAAGAUUUUCCCUGGAUGGAAAACCACUGUACAAAGGUAUAAUCUCAGCCGAGUCACCGCCGAAGGUUUGCCUGGGCUCUCUGACAAAGGUGGCAGCACUGUGCGCCCGCUUCCUGAACGUGACGUCCACAGUGAGCUUCCAUGAAGAACACAAGCUACACGUUAUUGGCUGUGUAGAAUACAGUUUGACUCUCUACAACAAAACCGUCAGCGCCUACCCUGUUGAUUGCUUCGAGAUCCCAAGCCACCAACAUCACAAGAAAGGCCAUGAUGAGAAUCUCCGAAAUUUUAUCAACUUGGUGCCAUGAUUAAAUAAUUGAUGUAAUUUCUGUAGAUGUUAUCACAUUUUCAGUAUUACUGGGUAUUCCUAGCUAUCUUUGUGCCAUUCCAGAUAUGAAAAUAUAGGGAGUAGGCCCAAGGUUCACAAAUCUUCCUAAAAUCGAUUUUUUUGCAUCAACGAAGCAUCACUAUAUACGUAGUUAGGAGAGAAUCUGAAGUUUCAAAAACAUUUCCUUAACUUGAGCAAUGCAUUCCGAUGAAGAAAUUUAACGGAAGUUUUCUUAUGUUAAGGAAUGUUUGUGAAAGUGGAGACAGAUAAUGCUGGCUAUUUAUAAUUGAUGAUAUAAACAGGCAGGGUCUUAAGAAUUAUCAACAUUGGUUGAUUUGGCCAAAAGAAAAACAAUAAUCAUGCGUGGUGAAGGUAAAAAAAAGACAGAUCCACUAAUCCUCAUACAUGUAUAUAUUUCUGGGAUAGUUUUAUGCUAAUUUAUUCUUUAAUUUCAAUAUCAAGUUCUUAAAUUCUCUUUCUGGAAUACAUUAGAAGUUGAUCUUCCUCAUGAAUAUUUACAUGCUAUUUUAAGGAAAGAAAGACUUUUACAACCUGCUUUGUAUUUUUGACGAAGAGAUUUUUGAUCUACUGAAAUGAAGGAAAUCUCUUAAUUCUCUUCUACAGACCUAAAAAACACAAUUCAUAUAUGCGUUAGCUUUCAUUUCAAGUUGAAAAAGGCUAACAAAUAAUUUAGUUCAUUUUCAAAUCACAUUUUAUUUUAGAAUCAGAUUUUUCUUUUUAAAUCUAAAUAUAAACCAUAUAAAGAACAAGAUGUUAUUUCAUCUCAUAACGUAUUUACAAAAUGUAAAUAGACUUAUUUUAUGUUUACCAAAUUGUAUAUCAAAUUAUAUUGAUGUG